GUUGUAAUUUGGCGUAUUGCUUGUGUAUUGUGGAAAUGCAAAUUUUCUAUUUGGUGAACUAGUUAGUGAACGUGUCUUUUGAACGAAACUACACAGCUCAAAUUGUUGCGGGAUCGAUGCUUGUUCAACACGUGCAGGCAUUUAAAGUAGUUUUUUUGAUUUGACUGCAAAUAUGCAAAACGGACGAGAGUCAUAUCCAGGUGGUAACUGGCAAAACAACUCUGGUUCGGAUAAAUAUCAUUUUGUUAAUAAUCAAACGCAGUCACCUGGCAAUUGGCCUGGCGGUAAUCGAGCGACAAGGCAAAGUCAAAACAACAACAAUCACAGCAAUGACUCCUUUCCUAAGUUUCGUGAUUCCAUAAAUCAGCAACAUCAACAGCAGCCAAUGGGACGUCAGCAGGGUCGUGGAGGCGGCGGUGGAGGCGGUAGAAACAAUAGCAACCAGCGUGGUGGCAGAAAUAAAGGAGGUGGUGGAGGAGGUGGCGGUGGUGGCGGAGGAGGAGGAGGAGGAGGAGGCCGUAACAGGGGUCGGAACAAGCGUGGGGGCGGUGGAGGUGGAGGCGGCGGACGGAAUGAUCGUGUACAGCCUGAUAAUAGAGGAGGACGUAAUCAUACGCAACCAGAUGGCCCAUGGUACCAGGACAACACGCCUAGCGACAUCUUCUACUUUACGAAUGGAAAACUUACUCAGGAAGACGCUUUAGAAUCUGCGGUAGAGCCAGCUCCUUGCAUAACGCCCACGCCAGUAAUGGAGGCGCCUAGAGAGUCUACACCAGUAAAACCGCCGUCAGUUGUGGAGACAAAAGCAGCGGCGUUGAUCAAUACGGCGCACAUUAAAAAGGAAAAGAAAGAAGCUUCGCCGAAGAAACAAGCCAAGAAGGAGGAAAGCAGCUCCGAAAGCUCCUCCAGCAGUUCGGAUGAAAGCUGUGAAGCUGGCGAAAUUACUACUAAACAGGCGGCUGCCAAGAAAACCAAAGUGCCAAGCUCGUCAGAAGAUGAAUCUAGCGAUGAUAGUGCACCAGCUGCCAAGACAAAAGCUGAGUCAACAAGCAAACCCAGCAAGAGCCUAAAGAAAGCAUCCUCUGAAGAUGAUGUAGUCUGCAUGGGCCGAGAAAGUCGCAAGUUUACCAUACCCGAUGAGGAUGAGGAUGAGGAUGCGGAGAGCAGCGAAGUAGAACAGAAAGUUAGCAAGGAAAAGAAUCCAGCAACGACUGUAUGUUUGCUUUGCGAUAAGAAGGGUCACAGUUCCUUCGAGUGUCAAAUGAUUUGUCGCAACUGCUCGGCGCCGUAUCAUAGUCUAAAAAGUUGUCCUAAUCCACCCAACUUAAAUAUAGCUGUGCAAACUAUUAUGGAGUUUACUAUGCAACAGCUAACCGCAUUUAAUAUGGAUAAGCGUUUCGCGUUUCCGGGCGCCAUGGUGCCUGCAACCGCUCCAGCGCCCACUCCUCCCAGUGCUGCCAAGACAAAGAAAGAAAAACGUCCAGCUAAGAAGUCGAAGUCUAAGUCACGCAAGAAGAUUAAAAUGGAAGCACAAGACAGUGAAGAGGAUGACGAGGAUGAAGAUGACAAUGAAGACGAGUCUGAUCCUAGCAGCGAAAGUGAAUCCAGUGCAUCGAGUGCUGAGCCACAGCCAGCGACAAAUAAAUCUAAGCGUAAACGUAGCUCCAAGCAGGCCAGUCUGCCACCCGCCAAUAUGACACCCGCGGCAGCAGCAUUUCCAUUUCCAAUGCUGGCUCCUGGCGCGCCCUUUAACCCCAUGAUGUAUCCCUAUGGAACGCCAUUUAGUUUUCCUAAAUAGGUUAAAUAUUAGACUCACAAAACAAUAACAAAAUACCAACUAUAAUUAAGUACAUAAGUGAAAUUAUAAUA